UGUACUUUCUAGAACGUUUGUUGCAGCUGCGAUGGAAUCUAACGUUGCCCCUGUUGAAAGGAAGGAUCCUGACGAGUUGCCACCAAGCUGCAGUGGUCUGGGUCAUGAACAGCCGCCGCCCCCAGGUUCCUACUAUCCGCCAUCUCAACCACCACAAUAUCCCAACACACAGCAGCCCCAACCGAUGAUGUAUCCCAAUGCCCAGCACCCCCAAUUCAUGGUACCACCUCCACAGGUCGUCUCAGUUGGACCUGUGAAUGAUUACAUGGGCUUGUCGCUGGUGACUUUGCUGUGUUGCUGUUGGCCGAUCGGAUUAUGCGCGCUGAUGAGCUCACUGAGGGUUCGAGAUGCUCUGAGGAUGGGGGAUCACGUCGGUGCGAUGAACGCGUCCAGGAGUGCACGCAGUUUGAAUAUCACGGGAAUUGUUAUCGGUUGCAUUGUGAUUGUCAUUGUGAUUGUGGCAGUGGUGGUGGGCAUUGUAGUCAGUGUCAAUUCUUGCAAAAACAGUCGUUAUAGUCGGGAUUGUUAAUGAUUCCUCAACGUGAAUCUCAGACACAUAUCUUUCUCUCCAAACAAGUGUCUUUAUAUAACUUAGGGUGAUUUUGUUGUAGAGACUCUAUUAUUGUUUGUGCCUGUGCGCGUAUGUGUCUGAUGAUGGUGCCUGUUUUAUGUAGUAGCUGUUUUGCUAAAUAUCUGGUUUGUUGAGCGUGAAAUGUCUGGUUUAUUGAGCGAGCUAGAAUAGACAGAUGACAGAAAGUAGAAAUAACUGGAAAUGGCAAGU